GAUUGUAUAUCGAAUAAUGGUAAAAGACACUCAUAUGGAACGAAACGCUACCGUCAAGCAACUAGCGUUGUAAAGAAAAUAUGGAAUACUGAAGCUGAAGAGUUUGUAUCUUGUCCGUUAAGUUAAAAUAUGGAUAUUCCAGCUGAUGACCACUUAGUUGGGUUGGGAUUUGAUGUGGAUGCGUCGGUUGUAAAUAAGAAGAGAAAAUUCAAAUCGUCAAAAGCUAAACAGUAUAGGUUAUCUCAUGACAUCAAAGUUUCAGCAAUAAACAAGCAGAGCAAAAUACCUCGGCCCAUCUAUUCAUUUGGGAGCAAAUCCUGUCAAAUUAGUGACCUGAUUUUACAUAACUUGUCCGGGCUAGGAUACAAAACCCCAACACCCAUACAAUCCCAAAGCAUUCCGAUUAUGAUGCAGCACCGUAACCUACUUGCAUGUGCACCAACGGGUUCCGGGAAAACAGCAGCUUAUCUUCUCCCAGUGCUCACUCAGUUGCUACGUACAAAUUCCUCUGGAAAUUCCGAGCCCAUUGACAAUAUAACUGAGAAGACAUCAUCGAAACAUAAGAUAUUCCCAUUUGCUGUGAUCUUGGCUCCAACUCAGGAACUAAUGCAUCAAAUUCGUUCCGAGGCUAUUAGGCUAUUUUCUGGAAUCCAAGCAGACUGUUAUAUAGCUGCGUUGCACAAAAAGCAUUAUCUUGUUCGUUGCAGAAAGAAGGCAAAGAACGUUUCUGAAAAUGAUGUUUUAACAACGAAAUCAAGAAAAGUUCGUGAAUUAAAAUUACACUCAAGCACUAAAAUCCUCAUUUCUACCCCUAGUCGAUUAAGUACUCUAUUGUCUCUUCCAUCAGAACACUGUCCCAUUGAUUUAUCCAGAUUGUCUUGGCUUGUAGUAGAUGAAUGCGAUAAAAUGCUAGAAGUCAAUUUUAACGAUAUAUCUUUUUCUAACACUGAACAUGGUAACAAGGCAAAAUACCGACCUCGAGGAUUUCAUAAUCAAGUUGCGCCUAUUUUUGAAUCUAUUCAGAAAGUAAACCUCACUGGACAAUCAACUAAGAGACCCACAGUCGCUUUAUUUUCGGCUACUGUUCCUGAUGAAGUCGUUUCAUGGGCACGAAAUCAGCUACCUGUCCUCUUAAAAUUGGACGGUCCGGAAUAUGAGUUAAUUCAGUUACGAGUAGGUAUCCGAAAUGCUGCUGUUUCUACUGUCAAACAAGAGUUACGUUAUUGUGCUACAGAACAGGGAAAACUGUUAGAGAUGCGUUAUCUACUGGCUAAUGGACUAGCUUAUCCAUGUUUAAUUUUUAUGCAGUCUCGAGAUAGAGCCAAUGAAAUUCUUAAGGAAAUCCUUUUGUCUGAUGCAGAUAUUCUUGCGAAUGUUAUUUCAAGUGACAAAACAGAAGCACAACGUGCCAGUGUGAUUCGCGCUUUCCGUGAGGGACAGCUUCAUGUUCUCAUUUGUACGGAUCUAUUGGGUCGUGGAAUAGACUUUAAAGGUGUCAGUAUGGUAGUCAAUUACGAUGUUCCUCCGCUAAAACAAGAAUAUAUACAUCGCGUCGGUCGAACUGGCCGAGCUGGUCACCAUGGACGGGCUAUUACCUUGUGGACUGAUUCUGAUCUCCCGCAUAUGGAUGGGAUAUUAUCUGUGAUGAAAAGAAGUGGUUCUGAAGUCGAUGAAGAACUCGAAAGACUUGUGAAUGAAUGGAAGAAACGGCGGAUAAAUCUUAUGUGUAAGCAAUCAAGGGCUGAUAGGAAACAACUUCUAGACAGUUCGAUUAGUCGUCGGCGUGGUGAAAGACGCCUUGCUUAUAAGGUGCUUAAAGACUGCAACAAAGAAAAGAAUGCAGAAAAUGUUGAUAUUCACGAUAAGAGCUCGUGGUUUAGGCCAUGGAAUCCUUACAGAGGUCGUAUAAGUGAAGUACCCGGUGCGCUGAGCAAAAAACGCAAGAUUGAAUAGUAUAUUUGUAAUAUGAAAUUAAUUUCCUUAAUCAUCCUAUUCAAAGAUAAAUUUUCCAUAAACUACAUUAUUUUCAUGCAUGAGAAGAUGAGAGAACAUGACAAAGUUUAAAAAUUUGUCGAUGAGUUAUGGGAGAAAACAAGGGAGUUACGUAGUACAAAUAAAUAGUUUAUAAAGACUUGGUAACAUGCCUUACAAAAUUAUAACUAAUUUUUGUGAAUAGGAUCUAUCUGAAUGAAAGGAUGAAAUAAGUUUGAAGUAAUCUACUUCACAAUGUAAUCACAGAUCGAAUUAAAGGCUUUCCAAAACGUAAUUCUUCAGAAAGUAUACGUUCCAUUUCUUCUUUGUAAGUGUAGCUUGGGGGAACCCAACAAUAUUUCUUUCGUUUUUUGUGAGGUGUAGAUUUGUUCUUUACAUGUUCAUCAGUUGUUGAUUCGUUAUCUACAGAUGCACUUGUAUUUUGAAUUUCAUUGAUUUGGGUAUCUUCAUCCUCGUUACUAUGUUCACAACCAGUAGAGGUUCCAAUAAUAGUAUUACUAACACCAUUUAAAAAGCGGCAAAAAUCGAUUCGUAGAUAAGGUGGAUUACUGUUGUGGUUUUCUGUUGCAGUCCCGUCAGAACCUCCAGUUUCUGCAUCUCUAUUUAAAAAGCAAAGGUUAGAAUUAUUCAUAAGUUAAGUCAACUAAGCACAUGGAUUUUUGCCAACUGUUCAUUUUACCCAUAAAAAUAUUUCAGUGAAUAAGAUCAACCUUGAAGAAUAGUGUAUAUUUACCAGGAAGUUGUUGUAUUUGUAUUUCCAGUGUAGAUUCUCAGUUUGAUGAUAAGCUGAAAAUUAAAUGAGUGGUGUGUGAGUCCGAAAACGGCAUUACUUUAUUCCGUGGAGGUUCAAAAGACUCAAUGAAUCUUAUUCAUAAAAUGUAUGAGUACGGUAACAAAAACCAGCGGGUAUAUCGCACUGAAAUUUGCUAUAUCGCAUUAUAGGUACCAAGACAAAGGGAUCAGAUUAUCAGAUGAUGGACAGACAUUCGAACGACUAGGUUAAUACUUUAAUGUCUUAUUCAAGUACAUGAAAAUGAGUGAAACACGAAACUAAAUGGGCGUUGUGUUUUGAUGCAAGGUAAGGUGUGAAAAUGACUAGUUGCAUUUAAUGUCGAGGGGUCAAAACAUGCUUCCUACUCACUAUGAUCUAUUCUCAUAACGAUUACCUAAGAUAAUUCAAAUAGAAUAGUUCAGCAUUAGCGAUUUGACUUUUAAAGUUCCCUGUAAGUUGUUUAUUUAUCUAUUACUUACUUACUGGAGCCUGGUAGAGUAGCAGAGGCCACCCACCAACAUUCCUUGACAAACUCUGUCCUAGGAAAUCCUUCCCAGUUGCUAUUCUUUUUUUUAUAUCCGCCUUUAAUUCCCGACGCAAUAUAUCCCUUGGUUUUCGUCUUUACAUUUUCCCGUCAGGACUGAGUAUCUUGCGUAGGUAAUUGUUUAAAUAUACUUGUACUCUUUUAAUGACGGUUGUGGUAGUUCUCGAAGCUUCGGCUCCGUACACUAGAACUGUCUCGAAGUUCGUAUGGGAGAUCCUGACCUUAGUGUUGGCUGACAUUUGUUUUGAGUUCCAUAUGUUCUUCAACUGUAGGAGUGCUGCCCUUACGUCUGGAUUAGAUCCUCUUUUUUCGUCGAUGAUGCUGAUCACGUACGUGGAAAUUUCCACAUCUUCCAGAGCUUCUCGAUCAAGUGUGAUUGGAUUGGUGUUCUCUGUGUUGUAUUUGGAGAUCUUGGUUUAUCCCUUAUGCAUGUUGAGGCUUACUGCUGCAGAGGCUGCUGCUACACCAGUUGUCUUCACCUGCAUCUGUUGGUGUAUAUGGGAUAGAAGAGCUGGGUCAUCUGCGAACUCUGUUGAAAAAUUUCCUGGUACUGAUAGUAGUGUGAUUCCUCUGUAAUUCCAGUAACCCUAGAAGAACUACAGGCGGAGUUCUAUAUAUCUUCGGCUGAGCAAAUGUUUUAUUAAAAAUAGCUGCUGAACGAAAGCAGCUUUUAGUUAGUUUAUCUCAUUAAACUACAGGAUAUAUUUACUAAAAACUAGUCAUAACCGUGGAUGAUUAUUUAAGAAAGUACUACUCACUUACAAAGCUUCAUCUCCAGUUGUAUCAUUUUGCACAUCAUUUGAAUUUGUUCUGUUUGAGUUGGUAUCUUCAGUAGGUGAAUUUUGAUUUGAAACUUGUGAUCUGUCGUGGCCUAUCUCAGCGUGAUUUAUCAAAUAGUGCCUGUACAUUCCCAAAAGGAAGUGUAAAGAAAAGCAUGUAAGCAUUAUUCAAAUUUACUACAAGUGGUUCAUAUAAAUAAACACAUGCACGAUAUAUCAUUUACAAAACUAAAUUUUCAUUCAACAAGAAAAUAUUGUUAAAUAAUAAUUCAUGCUAACCUUGGUAGUGUCAAUGAAUUUCAUCCAACUUUUAUUGUUUCAAAUGCUCCACUAGUAUUCCUAUUUCGGAUUUCACUACCUAUUGAAUUUGGGAUUUUUUUGAUUAUCAGUAUAAUCGAUUUAAAUUUGAACCGAAAAUCGGUUACAAAUCCAGUUAAAACGUGACACCAAGCACGCUAUGCUGUAGUGUAUAGUCGUGUACAAACAUGUGAAAUUGAUGACUCAGUACAUAUAUUUUUGAGGGUUAAUAAAAAUAAAUGACCAUUUAUGUUUUGUUAGAUAAGUUUAAAUUUGAACUGCAUCCUUUCGAUAUAUAUAAACUUUUGAUAUCCAUCGUGCAUUACAAUAAUCUCAGUAACUAUUCUGAAUCUAAUAUGGGAGAACGACGCUAACAGUACAAUAAUGAACAGCGGUUCCGAAAUACUGACGUAUGGUAACUUGCUACCCUUGAUUUAUUUUGAAUCGAACUAGUGAAUGAGUGACUGUUCUAUCAUGAGGUCUACUUCUUGCGUGUAACGUAUUCAAAAUAAUAAACCGUAAUUAUUCAGGGAGUUUUUUCGAAAGAAAAAUCAAAUGUUUUGUAGAUUUAUCACAAUACACUUAAAUCUGAUCGUACACCCAAUAAAUACGAAACUCGGCAUUUCCAAAACAUCAUACACUUAAAAACCACAUGUUUAGGUUAGACGAACAAUAAGAUAAAGAUUCAAACAGUAAGAUAUUUCUUGUUUAGAAACAGAUAAAUUCAGUUUUAUAGAUCAUAAUUCUGUUUCUUUAGUGAGCUAAAAAUAAUCCCAAGAAAGUAAAACACUCGAAGUUACUGAAAAAAUAGGUAGUUCUACGUCGUUAAUAAAAUUUAUAAACCAUAUUUUUAAUAAUGAACGUCGGAUUUGAGUUUAUUCAUUGAAGGACGAGGUGCCAAAUUUGGAUACAAUUAUUGUAAUUUUCUUUCUAUAUUUCUACAGCGAAAAACUUCUGUUAUAUUUGUUCUUGAUACACACACCCAUCCCCUCAACUGGGGUAUGGUCAACUAACCGUAGCUGCUAUGUUAAUGUAGUAGUUGGGUCCACUUAGUCAAAUAUCAUGGGAGCUACAUAUAUCUUAAAUAUACUAACCAUCAAACAAAGAAGAGCGGAUGGGACGAAAGCGACAAAUGUAAUUCUUGAUGACAAGCUAAUAUUGCUAGCUGAAGCGGGAUAUAUCUGCUAAAAGCCAUACAAUGUCGAUAAGCACAAUCCUCAAUCAUACAACUUUACUGUUAAAUGGAUGAAAAUACGUCAUCCACGAAUACUAUGGUAUCCAGUCAGUUCCAAAGAAACUUUGCUUUAGGGGGUAGGAAAACAAUUUUGGAUCAAUAAAAGCCAUCCACUUAGCAAAUUCGGUUUUUAGCUUUUAGAAAAAAAGUCAUACGUUAGCAAUAUAUGAAGCAAGCAAAAUAGCUGUAAACAUUUUUGUUUAAAAGUACAUAGGAUAUAAUGAGUUAGACGAGAGAAAUCAAACUAUGUCAAAAAAGUUCUUAUAGGACACAAAAUUUGUAUCAAUCUCCUUAUAUAUUAUUCUUUCUCUCUCAGGGAAACGCAAAAUGCUUAUAAUAAAAUUCGAUUCAUUUUAAACAUUCCACCUCUUGUCAAAUUUAGUAUUGCUAUAAAAAGAUAGUGCGUAAGGACAAAUGCAACACAUACAGAUAGGCUAAACGUCUAUGAUUGCCAUGCAUAUAACCAAAUAUGCAUUUAGAAAAAAGAGUAAAAUAUCAUGCAAAUAAUAAAGAAAAUUGUAUUAAUUAACAGAGGUUUAUAAAAAUUAAUUUUCAAUAAAUAUGUACGCGUAUAUACAGAAAUUCGAAUCACAAACGUAUGUUACACGAUAUUUUAUGACAUUCAUGUUAUGCUAGUAGGUAACCAGAUUCUACUGGAGAGUUUUGUCGGUUCUAUCAAUAGGAUGAAUCGACAGCGUGUUAGUCUGGUAGUCUUCAAUAGUAAUUGACAAGAAACCCUAUACGACCUAGGGAUCGUAAGUGUUGUUAUAAACUGGUAAAGAAGAAAACCUCAAUAGUUGAAAUCAUGAGUCACUUGAAGCUAGAUCACCAUGGAAAACCUGGAAACACUGGACGGCCGUUUCGUCCUAGUAUGGGACUCCUCGAGAUUCGAAGCCAGGACCUACCAGUUUCACGCGCGAGUGCUUAACCCCUUCCGAUAAAGAGGAAGACGCUAAAAAAUGUUAUACUUUCUCGAAAAUUAGAACCUAUUGCUGUCUAAUCUGUAGACAAAAUGUUUGAUCUAAAUAAUGUCAUUGACUAUUUGUCAAUGAUUGAUAUCAUGUUCUCUUGACUUAGUAUUAAGAUUUUUAACACCAUAUACUUCUUAACUCUAAAUUACUCUAGUGAGAUUAAGUUAUUGCACACAGAAUAUUUAAAUGUAUUGAAAAUAGCUUAUUUACAGCUUCAAGAAAUCCUCUUGGGAUUGUUUCAUUAGAUGAUUUAAACUGUAAUUGAUUAUACUUACUGUAAACAGAAAUCUUAUGUAUCAUAAAAGGGAUGGAUUAUAUAAAAACAUAAAUAUAUGAAUUGGUAAUAUGAGUAAGGAAAUAUGGCGCAGGAUUAACAAUGAAACCAUAAUAUUAACUAAUGUAGUAGUCAAUCCAUGAAAUAUUAAUGAUAAGAACCAUAACUAAUAUUUAACAGUAUCUCCAAGAGGAAAUGCAAUGUUAUGAUCAGAUUUAAAACAAACAAACACUAUGAAGUGAUGGCUUCACCCUCGCGUAAAAAACUUUCAGACCAUUUUAAAGCAUGUAUGUACGCAUGAAGUGACCUCCUUAAUCGAGAUGGGAUUAAGAAAUACUAGUGAAAACUUUUCUUAGAAAAGACAAAAAAAUACCAUGAUAUAUAAACCCAACACUAAUUCUUCAAGGUACUAAUGUUAUCUAGUUUGCAAGUAAGUAAUGUAUUUGGUACUCGAUACGAUCAUCUGUUGAGAAACAAUAUACACUUAUCAUUUUUUUCACUUACAUAUUCUGUAAAAAGUGAUUGAAUAUUACGUUAAAUGAUAGAUGAUAUUCGAAUAUAAAAGACUGUUUGUAUUGGGAUUAGAAUUAUUCUGACAGUGUAUUACCCUCUCUUUGAACAUGGUGUUAAGAUGGAAAAUGAAUCACAAUCAGCAUUACGUUCUUUUUAUACGGAAUAGAUGGAAUGUGCCCAUUAUUGGAAUCCAGGACGGACGUUUUAUCCUAUUUGGGACUCGUCAGUUAGAUGUGCCAGUAACCCAAAUUUGAUGUUCACUCCGGGACUCAAACCCGUUGCACAAGUGAGUGGUUAUCUGGACUCAAUAGUUAAGUGGAUAACGCGGUGGUGUAUAAACCAAGAUGUACUGGAAUCAAGACCCGGAAUGAGCAUGAACUUUAGGAUGCAGAUAAAUCCAGCUGACAAGUCCUAAAUAGGACGGAAUGCGCGCCUUAAUUCCAAUGUUAACCACAUCCCAUCUAUUCUAUAUCAACUUGUGUCAUAAUAGGUAUGUCGAGGCAAUCCCUACAUGUCAAGUUUCAAACAAAAAUAUCAACAGUGGGAUCGUUCAAAUCAUUUCAAAUUAACUUCUUCAUCUGAAAAAAUCGAUAACCCAUACGAAAAAUACGCUCUUCAAUUUAAGUUUAGGUAGAAGGAUAUUCAACUUACGUUUAAAUUGGUUUGAAUAUCAUACGGUUGUCCACAAAAUAUAGAAUAACAGUCAAUCAUACUUUCCAAGGUAAAAUGUAUACACUAGUAUGUAAAUAUUUGUUCUCAAUAUCUUUCUUUGAACGGAGUAAGCACAUGAAUGUCACCUCAACCUGUAACUAGCAGAUCUUACUAAUCGAAAUGAUCGAUAUUAUUCAGGUAUGAGUGAACAACUAGAAACGAAAUUAAAUUAUACAACUGCAGUUAUAAAGCAUUUUGGUUAGCUCGAUGAGGAUGGCAUAAAUACAUAAAUUAGUCAUAAACUAUUUGUCGUACAAUCUACCGCCAAAUCCAUGUACUAUGAGUUCUGACCACUAACCAGAUCUUAAUUCUACUGCAAAUAAUGCGCUUUGCAAGUCAAGUUUAUGAAGCAUUUGAAUCACAUCUCGUUUUUGCUAUUCAAUCAGAACAGAAGAUUGAAUAUUACUGGCCUACAAAUGCACUGAAAACGCCUGAAAUUAUUACAAUCAACAUUUCUAGUUUAAGAUUAUAGCAUCAGCAUAAAACAGAUUGCUACCUAUCAAAGUGAAUAGAUAUUUAUUUUGAGCAAAAAAUGUUUCCAUGCCUUAAGAAAUACGAAUAACAAACCCACAAAAAUCGAGCCAUUGAGCAGUCUUGUGAACCUGGAAUUCUAGGUUGUAACACGCUUUCACCACUUUCCCUACUUGUUCCAUCAAGUUCUUCUAUGUCAGCAUUGUUCAUCAAAGUAUCAGAAUCUUCAUUUGUAUCACAGCUUGUAUUUGCUUCAUCAUCCCCUUCUUCUUCUACUUCUUCCAUAUGGCCAAGUAUGGGUGGACCAUUAUGACGAAACUCGAUGACAUUUCGAAGAAGGCUGCGUAUUAUGCGAGCAGCUUGUUGUUCCAAUGAUAUCACGUUUGCUUUAGGAGCUAUAGUUAUGAAACGAUGUGUAUAUUUAUUAAACGUUUAUUUAAAUUUACGAAACAAGUAAACCAGUAACAUGCGACAACAAAUUUCUUUAAAUAUAUUGAACGUGCAUAACUAGUCAACGAGAUAACCGUGAAAUCUAUUUUUAAAAAAUUAUAUGAAUUUAACACGCCAAUUGAUGAUGAGCUAUAUGCUAAAUAAAAAUACUUAUGACUUCAAGACAGUAUCUGUUAAAAAUUACAAAUAUUUGGAAAAGACCUAUUACGAACAACGUAUACACAAGCUCCUCCGUGUUUCAGAACCUAGAAAACAAGCAACUGAAAUCAGAACCUAGUACUUCCACACUAAUCACUUACUUUACUUACACCGUUUAGCCCUCGUGAAGGAGAAUAAGCCACAACUUCCAGAGCUUCUCGAUCAAGUGUGAUUGGAUUGGUGUUCUCUGUGUUGUAUUUGGAGAUCUUGGUUUAUCCCUUAUGCAUGUUGAGGCUUACUGCUGCAGAGGCUGCUGCUACACCAGUUGUCUUCACCUGCAUCUGUUGGUGCAUAUGGGAUAGAAGAGCUAGGUCAUCUGAAAAAUCCAAAUCUAGCUGCAUACAAACUGUCCAUUGUAUUCCGUGCUCCCCUUGAGAUGUGGAAGUUUUCAUAGUCCAAUCGAUCACCAUAAGAAAAAAAGGGCGAGAUUAAUCGACCUUGUCUGACACUGGUCUUUACUUGGAAUGCAUUCAUUAGCUUGCCUCCAUGCAUGGUUUUGCAGUGUCGUCCGUAGUACGAAUUCCGGAUGAUGUUGACGAUCUGUUCAGGCGUACCAUACUGUUGAAGGAUGUUAAAUAACGUUCCCGUAUCCACACUGAAACGCCUCAUAGUCAAGGAAGUUGGUGUAUAAUGACGAAUUUCACUCAAUUGAUCGUUCAACAAUGAUCCGUAGUGUUACGAUUUGGUCUGCGUACGAAGGACCCUUAAGGAUCCCGGACUGUUGAUCUUGAAGCUGGGCAUCUACUGAACCUCUCGUCCAGUUUCGCAACACUGUUGUAAACGUUUCCUGGUACUGAGAGUAGUGUGAUUCCUCUUUAGUCCUCAAAUUUGCUUAGAUCUCCUUUUGUUAUCUUGACGAGAUAUCCUUCUUUCUAGUCUGUCGGUGCGAAUUGUUCGUCGUGUCAAAUCUUCCUAAAUCGGACGUGGAGUAUGAUUGCAUUCACUUCUGUGUGUGACUUCAGUGCUUCAGGUGGUAUGUUGUGGUUUGUUUGUUAAUCUUCAUCGACUGAGAUGGUUGGGUCACGUGUUACGUAUGCCCGAACACCAAUUAGCACGACGUGCAAUGCUAACCGGUGUUGGAGAUGGUUGGAAGAAGGUUGGGGGCGGCCAAACCAAAACGUGGCACCAGUGCUUGAAGUCACUGACUCCUAGUUUGAGCCAUGUUGGUAGAUGCAGACUACUUGGUUGGGGUCCGCGUGACUAUCGUAACCAAUGGUUGGAGACUCUUGGUGACAUGGCUCAGAAUCGGUCACAAUGGCGUCGGUGUAUACUCUCUGUCUUCUCUUAAACUAAGAGAUUAAAAUCGCUUCAUAUCUUUCUUUCUACGAACUAAUUCUUUCUUUCUGUACUAUAUCCUUAUUACCUGCUUCGGUUUGGGCACCCGGGCAGUAUCACAGCCCUCACACAUAUCAAAUAAGAUUUGUGUGGCGCAUAUGUAUUUGGUGCCUUCUUGUACCAAUAUCUAUGUGUUAAAAUAAAUAAAUAAUAUCCUUAUUGCAAUCUUUCUUUUAUAUAUUACCACCUCUGAAUUAACCGCUUAUAUGAAUCCGGUGUCCAUCUUGUAGUUAAUGAGGUAUGGCAACUUGGACCGAUACAUAUAUGUGCCUGGUCCUACGUUGUGGCUGACUGACUGGUAUGUUGUCAGGUGCCACUGCUUUCCCAUUGUUGAUUUGUCUGAUGGCCAUUCUGACUUCCUCGAUCGUUGGUAGAGUGACAUCUAUAGGAAGGUCUGUGUGUGUUGCUUCGAUAUUGGGUGGAUUUAAUGAAGCUGGUCUAUUCAAGAGUUCCUCAAAGUUGUCUACCCAUCUGUUCCUCUGUUCUUGAAUCUCCGUGAUUGUCUUGCCUUGUUUAUCCUCGACCGGUAUUUCUGGUUUACUGUAUUUCCCUGCUAGUCUCUUUGUUGUGUCACAUAGUUGUUUCAUAUUUCCUUCUCUUGCAGCUUUUUCCACUGUCGUUGCUAGGUCUUCUACGUAUUUCUGCUUGUCAGCUCAAAUGCUCCUCUUCACUUGCUUGUUUGUUUUUGUGCAUUUGGCGUGUGCCCUGACUUUAUCUAUUCUUGUUCGACUGUUGUUAAUCGCUAUCUUCUUGUUCUUUCUUUAUUGAAUCUUAUACAGGGUUUCGAUAGAGAUCUGUUCCUUAUGAUGAUGCUUGUUGCCACCCAGCACUUCCUGACACGUUGAAGAUAGUGCUUCUUUGAUCCCUUUCCGAACGUCUUGUAUAAUAGUUUAUUCUUCUGUGAGUAGAUCUCGUUAGACUUGGAACCUGUUGUUGAGAGUUAUCUUGAAUUGGUUGAGUUUGUUAAUAUCAUGAAGUAAGGCUGUAUUAGACCUGCACACUACGGUUACUAUAAUCGAUUGGAACUCGAAUAGUUAAGCUUAUUUUCCUGAGAUAUAUUUGAAUAUUUUAAGGUCGCUGACUGAAGGCCGCCAGUGAUUCUUCAAGUCUCAUUAGCUGCAUAUUCAUUGUUUUCAAUGAGAACGAUUUCUCGAUUCGACAAACACGUGAAAAUACGAAUUCCAAUAUUUCGUAGCGUCAUCAUAGCCGUUUGACCUAUGUUUAGAAAGGGUUUACCAAAUGAGUGGUUCAUUUAGUUUGACCAGUUGUAAACAAAUAUCUAUAUUUUACCUAAAAUAGUGUGAAUUUCUAAUAGGAAACUAUGCAGAAGUUAUUCGAUAUCUUUGUAAAAGCCUAAUCAUGAUAACGUGUAAUUAGAAGUUGUGCGAUAGGUUUGCUUUACAUGAAACAACUACUGAAUCACAAUGUAGGUCUAUAGCUACUACACUACUCUAGAAGAAGAAAUGCUAUGGUUAUUAAUAAGUGAAGCGGUGGUUUCACGGUUGGAACUAUGAGAUAUGGAUUCAAACCUUUUACCAGCUACAACGAUUUAGUCACACAGGAUAAUCGUUCUACAUGCAACAGAAUAUGUGACUGUUUCAAAAAUAUAUUAUUCAAGAACCUUGGCUUUUAUACGGAACAACAAAAUCCAUAGUCUUAAAUGUCAACAUGUCUGAACACCAGAGCUAAUUAUUUGUGGUUUACAGCUUUUAGUGUUUUUACAUAGGUAACCCCAUAGAUUUUCACAGACAGACAACAAAAAAAAACUAUACAACUUGUGGUCUUUUAAGUUUAGUGUCACAAAUAAAUUCAAGUGAGAACAUCUUUGAGAACCUAGAUGUGCUAAACAGCUAUUUUAUCCUCAACUUUUCCCGUUCAGCUGUCCAACACUUCCAGGUUUUCAAUGGUUGUCGAACUUAGAUCGGUUCAUGAGUUCAAUUUAUUUACCUUGAAUACUGUUAUACCAGUUUUCGAACCAGUGUGAGCUUAGUAACCGCAAUCCUUUAAGAUGACUCGACACAAAGACGAAAAGCAAAAUCUGAUUGAUAUAUGAAGCUCAACCGUUUAUAGAUUUGAACUACAGCUACUAAUACGAUUAUUCGAACAAUGUUCUAUAAAUUUUAGCUUCGGUAAUCAAGAAAACAUGACUCGCCGCGUAAUAAAUAAUCCGUAACCAAAUACAAAAAACGUGUAGUUUGUUGCUCAGUUACAUUAGUUAGUUUAAUUAUUCGCGUUAUUGACAAAAAUCUGUUGAUCAACAAUUGUGCAUCAUACCUACAUAAAAUCUGACUAAUUUCUGUAUCGUUAGAAUAUGACUCCAAAACAACAAGAAACGUAUCUAAAAAGGCUGAAUUUCACAGACUAUCUGAAAAUACUUACGCGAUUCGACUUGUUUCUCUGAACCUAUUCUCGAUGGAAGAAGAGUUGCAAAGCUAACUGACAUCAAUUCUGAUGCAGUUAUUUUAUUUUCCUCUAUCCGUUUGAUCUUCAUAAACUGAAAUGUUUUUUACAAAAAUAUGAAGAUAAAGGCUAAACAGAUGACAUAAAAAGUUUUUUUCCGUUUGAGCAAUUUCGGUUUUGAACUUUUUACCUUUAUUUUUGUUAUACUGUUUUCUUAGCGAUUAUAAAAAUAUGCGGUACUAAUUUUACUAAUAAUAAUGGCAUCAACCUAUACAGUAAUCAAUCCUUGGAACCUGUUACCCGAAGCAGUAGCGUCCGCACCCUAAAUUGACUCAUUCAAGAGAAGACUAGACACAGGAGCAUACUGGAAGGGGAAUAAUAUAGACUGUAGGUCUUCUGUCCUUACUACACAAAUCUGAAUGUGAUAUCAUACUGGACACAUUAGAUAUGAUUGAAUGAAUUUCAUGGUGGUUUUCAGACACCAAAAGACUAUGUGAAUAAGCGAAUACCUUAAAAUUAUGACUCAUGCAUUCGACCACGUGCGGCUAAAAUACAGAAUGCCCGCCGUUAAUUUGGUCGUUCAAGGUCGCAGAGACGAGCUAUGUCUAGCUUGGAAAUGACGCACUUUACCACUGUGUGCUUUACUUCAUUUGUUCGUCUAUGUGCCAUAGUCUAUGCUUAGAAUUCUUUUUCAAGGUACAAUACUUCAUGUUAUUCAGAUUACCAAAAUAUCUAUAUAUACGGUGGAGUGUAUCAAAGUGAUAACUGAAUAAACCUAAUGAGAUGGAGUAUUUAUUCCCUGUAUCGAUGCAGUGUUCAUAUUCGGACGCACCUAGCUCCAUAAUUUUUCAUGAGACCCAAAAGUAUCCUGAAAGGUAAUUUAAAUUCUUAUAAAUACAAUAUACUUGCCGAACUUUACAUUUUCUUAACAACGAUGAGGGUUAUUUCGGACAGCAUUUUUGUGCGUGAAUCACAAAACGUGCAGUUUAUUAUUAAUGAAAGUAUGUGAAUAUUUCUACUCAAACGUAAUCCUUUAAAAUUUAUCAUUAAUCUUCACUUCGGUGGUAACGACCAAUCGGCGGAUAUUUAGGCAAGAAGUGGGCAAUUUAUAGACAAAGCAACAAAAAGGGGAAAAACCGCUUUAUUUCCCCGGACAGGCGAAAAAGGCGACAUUUUGGCGCGUUUUCCCCUUUAUUUCUUCUUUGUUCGCCUUUAUUUCCCUUUAUUGGUUGCUUGGGUAAUAUCUCAUGUGAAUAGUUUGGCCAACUAAGUGUAUCAUCACUCAUCACAACGCUCUUGCUCAACAUUGCAAAUGAGGCUGUAACGCGGCAGUUACGCACAGUUUUUAUCCGAAAAGAGGCUAUUUUAAAAUAUGAUUUCGUUCACGUUCAUGGUUGCAGUAAACUCGUUACAUCUAAUUGGGAUAAUGUCCAUUUCGUAUACCUACCUUCUGAAGAUGCAUUAAUACAUUGGUUUUCACAUGUUCAUAUGGGAAGAGGAUUUGCUGACGUUAUUAUUGUUGAAGGACUGGAUCAGUUCGUGGAAAAUUCGAAAAUCUGUUUUUAUAAGAUCACCAGUUAAAAUCAAAUGAAGAACCACUGGAAAUCAAAAGAAACUCAAAUAUUUCGUCACAGUGAUCCUCUAUUGGUAGGAACCUAUCAUGUUAUAUGAGGUUAAACCCUUCAUACCGCAAUCAUAAUUGCUUGAAAUUGGUGAGUGACGAUAAUCGAAUAGCAUUCCGAGAGUUUUUGUGGCCUAUUCUGGAGUUGGAUACCAUUCAAGCUGGUUGUCUUGUCUGCGUGGUAAGAUUAUUAUUUGUUACGUUCCACACAGCGACUAAUUCAACCUAAUACUUGUCGUGAUGUUAUCAUAACAGAUAUCAACCUACAUAAUGGCUUAUAAAAUAUUCUUAUUGCCACUUAUCUGCGAUAAAUACGGUCUUUAAAUUUGUCAGUUUCCAACAAGUCUAAUAACAUAAUCUGCUAAUUGAUUAAAGUUAAGGAUUGUGAUCAUCCUUAAUCCAUGUGUAUUUCUUAACGUCGAUCAUUCAUUAGUUUUAGAUUGCUUACUGCUAGAGACUGAACAUGUCCGACACUCUUUGUUUUCAAUGGUUCUGUUCUCAUUUUUAGUUCAGCGUAGAAUUAAUUAAUCCUUCACGGGUUACUUGAUUGACUAAAAAUUAAUACUUUUAACAGUACUUCUUUAUUCUGUGAACACGAUGAUAAUUGCUUAACUUACCAUUAAGGCAUAAUAAUAUUUGUUUAAAUCUACUCUCUUUUAGGAUAAUGACGCAUCAUAUAUCAUUAGAUUAACUAAUCUACUAGAAGAUACUCGACAAUUUAUCCAUAGUUUUACGAAAGAGACUGAGCACGGUCAUAACUGUAAACUAAUAGUGUCUUCCAGUCUAAAGAGUUCUCAUACAUCCAAAAAACCUGAUCUUGCACAAUAUCGCGAUACGCUUCCAGCACAUGCUAUGAUUAGAACGUUUUUUUUGCAGGGAGGAAGUAAGCAUCUAUAUCUUAUUAUUUUUCCUAAUAAUUUUCGUGGAAUCAAGUUGUAGUCAAUUAAAUUUAAUGUAGAAAACUUAUAUCUAAGUCUGGUGAUUGUUAGUUGUUUGGCUCGGUUUUUUUUCAGCAAAUGAUCUUGACUUAAGUUACCGAAUUAUUGAGUAUAUUCAUUUUGAAAAAACAAACAAAAUAUUUUCAUUCGGUAACGAAGCAAACCGAAUAGUCUAGUGAUUCCUUGAAGUCCACUUGUAGGUUAAACAAGAGGUCAUCUCUUGAUGAGUUAGCUUGGAAUAUAUGGUAAAUUGAUCUACGCUUAUUUUUUGGCUUUAUACAUAUUUUGUUGGCUUUUAUAAUUGUUCACUAGUUGUGUCCAAUCUGACCAAUAACAGUUGAAUUACGUUGAUAGAGUCGUAAACCACAAGAAAGUAACUAGUAUACAGUUUUCCAUUCACAGGUUAAUUGUUUAUAGGUACGUAUUUGUAUUUAUCGCACCCCAUUUUACUGGCAAUUAAGUAAAUUUUAGAAUGUUUAGCUGAAAAAAUCAGUACUCAAAAAACUUAUUUCGUUGUAUUCCUUUAGAUGGGAGUGAUUUAUUUGACUUGUACUCAGUUGAGGAUAAUUGGAAGUUGAAUUUAAGAAGACAAUAUGAUGAAGUUUUCUGGACAACAAACCAAUAAAUUUUCAAUGGAUAGACAGAAACUUCCUUGGUUGUUUGGACAAUUGGAAAGUAAAUACACUACCUCUCACAAAACCAGUGAUGUACGAAGCUGAGUAUAUGAAUCUUAUCCAUAACAUUAAUUGGGAACUAAGCAGGUACUCUUUUUCAGGCGAUUCUGACUGAUAGUUUGUUGGUGCUCGUUAUCUAUAAAAGAUUUUUUAAGAAAUUGCUCGUCAAACAUAUUACCUACCACAGAUUUGAAGUCUACAUUACUGUAGUACAUCUGUUUGCUUUUCUGAAGCUAUGAAAUAUAGCACUUAUUGGUAAACGUGCAAGAAACUGAUGUUAAGAGUUUGAUAAUAUUAACGGUUACAUUCGGCGAUCGUAACCACACAGAUAGUUUAGGUCCAGGAUCGCUAGUAAAUUAAUGAUUCUAAACGUCGAACACUUUGCUUGAACAAAAUAAGAAAACAUAACAUGCGUAUGUAAAUGUAUAACGUGUCGUGGAACUUGUGGUCUGAUUGUGUUUCUUUCGAUAUUCUUUCAAUAUAAAGGUUGGUUUAAAAAUUCACUGAUGUCAGCUAGAUUACUAUUGAAAGUCCAGUACUGAAAAGCUGUUCCAUCGUAGAAUCUAUUACAUCAGCAAUGCUUAUUCAGGGUUAAAUCCAGGAUUUCCAGUUCUCACAGUUUGUAAGAUAUUACUCAGUCGCUUAAUACAGGGGUCAGCUUUUGCAACCUCAGCAUCUAGCAACGGAACACAGUCAUCACCGAAUAUCAUCGAUGUGCACACAACUUCCUUUAAAUUUAUUAGACUUUAGGGAGGGAGAUUACCGUCCUAAGCUUUGUCAAACUCGUUUCAAAACAAG